AUGCGCCUCCCGCCCGUCCGCUUCCUGCCGUCGAGCUCGGCGCCGGCGGUAGUGGACGCGAACGCGCGCAUCGCCCGGCUGGCACGCACGGGGAACAUGGAGGGCGCCCGCGCCACGUUCGAGGCCAUGCCGCUCCGCACCACCGCCUCCUACAACGCCUUCCUUGCCGGCUACUUCCGCAAUCACCUCCCCGACGCCGCGCUCCGCGUCUUCCAGCGGAUGCCCUCGCGGGACCUCGCCUCCUACAACGCGCUCAUCUCUGGCCUCUCCCUGCGCCGUCACACCCUCCCCGACGCCGCCGCGGCGCUCGCCACCAUCCCCUACCCGCCCUCGGUCGUCUCCUUCACAUCCCUCCUGCGCGGGUACGUGCGCCACGGCCUCCUGGCUGACGCCAUACAGCUGUUCCGCCAGAUGCCUGAGCGCAAUCACAUAUCGUACACGGUGCUGCUCGGUGGCUUCCUCGACGCCGGCCGUGUUGACGAGGCUCGCAAGUUUUUUGACGAAAUGCCUGCAAAGGAUGUUGUUGCGUGGACUGCCAUGCUGUCUGGGUACUGCCAGGUUGGUCGGGUCGCUGAGGCGCGCACACUGUUUGAUGAAAUGCCAAAGAGGAAUGUUGUAUCGUGGACCGCUAUGGUCUCUGGCUACACUCAGAAUGGGCAGGUGAACCUUGCUCGGAAGCUGUUCGAGGUGAUGCCUGAGCGAAAUGAGGUGUCGUGGACUGCAAUGCUAUUUGGGUAUAUACAGGCUGGCCGCAUAGAGGAUGCUGAGGAGCUGUUUAAUGCAAUGCCAGAUCACCCAUUGGCCGCCUGCAAUGCGAUGAUAGUUGGGUUUGGGCAGCGGGGGAUGUUGGAUGCUGCCAAGGCAGUCUUCAACAGGAUGUGUGAGAGAGAUGAUGGAACAUGGAGUGCAAUCAUCAAAGCAUAUGAGCAGAAUGAGUUCUUGAUGGAGGCACUAUCUACCUUCCGUGAGAUGUUGCACAUUGGAAUCCGUCCAAACUACCCAUCAGUCAUCAGCAUCCUCACGGUCUGUGCAGCACUGGCUGUUCUUGAUUAUGGGAGAGAGUUGCAUGGUGCAAUGCUGAGGCGCUCCUUUGACAUGGACAUCUUUGCCGUGUCAGCAUUAAUCACAAUGUACAUCAAAUGUGGCAAUUUGGAUAAGGCCAAAAGGGUCUUUGACAUGUUUGAGCCCAAAGAUGUUGUGAUGUGGAACUCCAUGAUCACUGGCUAUGCUCAACAUGGGUUGGGAGAGGAAGCACUCCGCAUAUUUGAUGACAUGAGGUUGGCUGGGAUGGUGCCUAAUGGAAUUACAUACAUAGGGGCCCUUACAGCAUGUAGCUACACAGGAAAAGUUAAAGAAGGCAGGGAUAUUUUUAAUUCUAUGGGUACAAAUUCUGGCAUCAAACCUGGAUUGGAGCAUUAUGCUUGUAUGGUUGAUUUGCUUGGUCGAGCUGGACUUGUGGAGGAAGCACUGGAUUUGAUAAAGACCAUGCCAGUUGAACCAGAUGCUGUCAUCUGGGGAGCUUUGAUGGGAGCCUGUAGGAUGCACAAGAAUGUUGAGAUUGCUGAGAUUUCUGCUAAGAAGCUUUUAGAGCUAGAGCCUGGAAAUGCUGGACCAUAUGUCUUGCUCUCUCACAUUUAUACAUCCUCUGGAAGAUGGGAAGAUGCUUCUAAGAUGCGGAAAUUCAUUAGCUCAAGGCAUUUGAACAAAUCACCAGGCUGUAGUUGGAUAGAAUACAACAAGAGGGUGCAUCUCUUUACAUCGGGUGAUGUAUUAGCACAUCCAGAGCAUGCUAUUAUCCUUAAAAUGCUGGAGAAGUUAGAUGGGUUGUUGAUGGAAUCUGGAUACUCAGCUGAUGGAAGUUUUGUGCUUCAUGAUAUAGAUGAUGAGCAAAAAACUCAUAGCCUACGGUAUCACAGUGAGAGGCAGGCUGUGGCAUAUGGAUUAUUGAAAAUCCCAGAAGAAUUGCCCAUUCGUGUCAUGAAAAAUCUCAGAGUAUGUGGUGAUUGCCACUCUGCAAUAAAGUUGAUUGCUAAGAUAACAUCUCGGGAAAUCAUACUGAGAGAUGCAAAUCGGUUCCAUCAUUUCAAAGAUGGGUUUUGUUCAUGCAGGGAUUAUUGGAAACACAUUCAGGAUGUUAUUUCCACUGAAGAUGAGGUUGUCACUGGUCAGAUUAGACAAUUACUUGUGGAGAUCAAGUAUGGAAAUUCACUUACAUUUCUUGUAACAUAA